UCAAUACUUUCACAUCACUAAUCGUAUGGUGGGUUAUUGGACAAUAGAUUUCAUACACCGGGAUAAUUUUCGUAUUUUUUUUGUAAUUGGUGUAAAAUAGUUAUUUAAUAAAGAAUUUAAAAGCAUUUAUUUGUAGAAAAAAUGGCUCAAAGUAAAUUUAACGAUUUGGCUGGUAAACUCGGCAAGGGUGGUCCACCCGGUUUGACCACUGGCUUGAAAGUUUUGGCUGGUUUGGGUGCUCUCGCCUACGGUGUAAACCAAUCUUUGUAUACCGUUGAUGGUGGUCAUCGUGCUAUUAUCUUUAGCAGACUCGGUGGCAUCCAAAGCGAUAUUUACUCUGAAGGUUUGCAUUUCCGUUUCCCAUGGUUCCAAUAUCCCAUCAUCUAUGACAUUCGUUCUCGUCCCCGCAAAAUUUCCUCACCCACUGGUUCUAAGGAUUUACAAAUGAUCAACAUUUCAUUGCGUGUCUUGUCUCGUCCUGACUCUAUGCGUUUGCCCUCGGUACAUCGUAACUUGGGUUUGGAUUAUGAUGAGAAAGUAUUGCCCUCCAUUUGCAAUGAAGUUCUUAAGAGUGUUGUAGCCAAAUUCAAUGCCUCUCAAUUGAUUACCCAGCGUGCUCAAGUUUCCCUGUUGAUCCGCAAAGAAUUGGUUGAACGUGCCCGUGAUUUCAACAUUAUUUUGGAUGAUGUUUCUUUAACUGAAUUGAGUUUCGGCAAGGAAUAUACUGCUGCUGUUGAAGCCAAACAGGUUGCUCAACAAGAAGCUCAACGUGCUGUGUUCUUUGUUGAACGUGCCAAACAAGAGAAACAACAGAAGAUUGUCCAAGCUGAGGGUGAAGCUGAGGCAGCUAAAAUGUUAGGUCUUGCAGUCAAACAGAAUCCAGCUUACUUGAAAUUGCGUAAAUUGCGCGCUGCUCAAAGCAUAGCCAGAACCAUUGCUACCUCACAGAACAAGGUCUACCUGUCGGCCGAUAGCUUGAUGUUGAACAUUCAAGAUUCCGCCUUCGAUGAUAUGACUGAAAAAGUCUACAAAAUUGGCGAGAAUUGGUAUGGUGGUUCUACAAAUACUUUAGCACACAGCAAGAAAUCUUCGGAAAAAUCUAUAGGGGAUCUUGCCCAUCACACCGCCAAUCGUUUGGUUUAAUUUCCAUGUGCCUUUAAAGUUUCAAGAAACGUUGCAUUUCUUUCAAACGCUUCAAGAGUCAAGACUUAAGUUUUUUUUUUAACGUAACAUACACACAAAUUUACAAUUUUGUAAACUGCAAUAAAUCAUCGAUCCUACCCACAAGUGCAAAUAAUAUACAAAGUAAGUGUUGAAUUUAAA